AUGCACAAGCACCAGCACUGCUGUAAGUGCCCGGAGUGCUAUGAGGUGACCCGCCUGGCUGCCCUGCGGCGCCUCGAGCCUCCUGGCUAUGGGGAUUGGCAGGUGCCCGACCCCUAUGGGCCAGGUGCGGGCAAUGGGGCCAGCGCGGGUUAUGGGGGCUACAGCUCGCAGACCCUGCCCUCACAGGCAGGGGCUACCCCUACGGCCCGCACCAAGGCCAAGCUCAUCCCCACCGGCCGGGAUGUGGGGCCAGUGCCCCCUAAGGCAGUCCCGGGCAAGAGCACCCCCAAACUCAACGGCAGUGGCCCCAGCUGGUGGCCCGAGUGCACCUGUACCAACCGGGACUGGUAUGAGCAGGCCAUCCCUGCACCCCUCCUAGUGAACUCUGAAGCCCUGGAGCCCAGCCUCUCAGUGAAUGGCAGCGACGGCAUGUUCAAGUAUGAGGAGAUAGUACUUGAGCGGGGCAAUUCUGGCCUGGGCUUCAGCAUUGCAGGUGGCAUCGACAACCCCCAUGUCCCUGAUGACCCUGGCAUCUUUAUUACCAAGAUCAUCCCUGGUGGAGCAGCUGCCAUGGACGGGAGGCUGGGGGUGAAUGACUGUGUGCUUCGGGUGAAUGAGGUGGACGUGUCGGAGGUGGUGCACAGCCGGGCCGUGGAGGCGCUGAAGGAGGCGGGCCCUGUGGUGCGGUUGGUGGUGCGGAGGAGACAGCCCCCACCUGAGACCAUCAUGGAGGUCAACCUGCUCAAAGGUCCCAAAGGCCUGGGUUUCAGCAUUGCUGGGGGGAUUGGCAACCAGCAUAUCCCGGGAGACAAUAGCAUCUACAUCACCAAGAUCAUCGAGGGGGGUGCUGCUCAGAAGGAUGGACGCCUACAGAUUGGGGACCGACUGCUGGCGGUGAACAACACCAAUCUGCAGGAUGUGAGGCACGAGGAAGCUGUGGCUUCACUGAAGAACACAUCUGAUAUGGUGUAUCUGAAGGUGGCCAAGCCAGGCAGCCUCCACCUCAACGACAUGUAUGCACCCCCUGACUACGCCAGCACUUUUACUGCCUUGGCUGAUAACCACAUAAGCCAUAAUUCCAGCCUGGGUUACCUUGGGGCUGUGGAGAGCAAGGUCAGCUACCCUGCUCCUCCUCAGGUUCCCCCUGCCCGCUACUCUCCUAUCCCUAGGCACAUGAUGACUGAGGAGGACUUCACCAGAGAGCCCCGCAAGAUCAUCCUGCACAAGGGCUCCACAGGCCUGGGCUUCAACAUCGUAGGAGGAGAGGAUGGAGAAGGCAUUUUUGUCUCCUUCAUCCUGGCAGGAGGCCCAGCUGACCUGAGUGGGGAGCUGCGCAGGGGAGACCGGAUCUUAUCGGUGAAUGGCGUGAACCUGAGGAAUGCAACUCACGAGCAGGCUGCAGCUGCUCUAAAACGGGCUGGCCAGUCCGUCACCAUUGUGGCCCAGUACAGACCUGAAGAGUACAGUCGCUUUGAAUCGAAGAUACAUGACUUGCGAGAACAAAUGAUGAACAGCAGCAUGAGCUCUGGGUCUGGGUCCCUCCGAACAAGUGAGAAGAGGUCUUUGUAUGUCAGGGCCCUGUUUGAUUACGAUCGAACUCGGGACAGCUGCCUGCCAAGCCAGGGGCUCAGCUUCUCCUAUGGUGACAUUCUGCAUGUCAUCAAUGCCUCUGAUGAUGAGUGGUGGCAGGCGAGACUGGUGACCCCACAUGGAGAAAGCGAGCAAAUCGGUGUGAUCCCCAGUAAGAAGAGGGUGGAAAAGAAAGAAAGAGCUCGAUUGAAAACUGUGAAGUUCCAUGCCAGGACAGGGAUGAUUGAGUCUAACAGGGACUUCCCUGGGUUAAGUGACGAUUAUUAUGGAGCAAAGAACCUGAAGGGAGUGACAUCCAACACCAGUGACAGCGAAAGCAGUUCCAAAGGACAAGAGGACGCAAUUUUGUCAUAUGAGCCAGUGACGCGGCAAGAAAUUCACUAUGCAAGGCCUGUGAUCAUCCUGGGCCCAAUGAAGGACAGAGUGAACGAUGACCUGAUCUCAGAGUUCCCGCAUAAAUUUGGAUCCUGUGUGCCACAUACUACUCGGCCUCGGCGUGAUAAUGAGGUGGAUGGACAAGACUACCACUUUGUGGUCUCCCGAGAACAAAUGGAGAAGGAUAUUCAGGACAACAAGUUCAUCGAAGCAGGCCAAUUCAAUGAUAAUCUCUAUGGGACCAGCAUCCAGUCGGUGCGGGCAGUUGCAGAGAGGGGCAAGCACUGCAUCUUAGAUGUUUCCGGCAAUGCAAUCAAGAGGCUGCAGCAAGCACAACUUUAUCCCAUUGCCAUUUUCAUCAAGCCCAAGUCCAUCGAAGCACUUAUGGAAAUGAACCGACGGCAGACAUACGAACAAGCAAAUAAGAUCUAUGACAAAGCCAUGAAACUGGAGCAGGAGUUUGGAGAAUACUUCACAGCCAUUGUACAGGGUGACUCACUGGAAGAGAUUUAUAACAAAAUCAAACAGAUCAUUGAGGACCAGUCUGGGCACUACAUUUGGGUCCCAUCCCCUGAAAAACUCUGAAGAAUCCCCACCAAGCACUCUCUUGUGAACAGAAGACAUCAAGUCCCUCUUCCCUCCUCCCUCUUCAGUCCUGUCCCCACCAGGAGAACAAAUGACUACUGUUCUUGUCCCCUUUUUUAGAUAUGUCCCAAAAAUUGAGUUUUCUAGUCCUGUUCUGUUUUUUUAAAUUUUCGUUUGAUUUUAGUUUACUUUUUGGGAUGAUGCCAUCUCACUUCAUCAUGUGACUGUGCCCAUUCCUGCAUGGACCUUUCCCAAGCGCUAGCGCAGGUGCAAAUCCAUCAGAGUCAUUGUUUUCAUAAGAACCAAGCAGAAGCGAAGAGAAGAGAAGAGGACCUGCCAGAAAGAUAGGCUCUGGACAGCUGCACGGCUUGUGAGGCGAGCUCAGUGCGCCGCGUGCUGAGAUGCCCCGGGCAUUUCUGCCUGUCGUGCUGCUGUCACGCGGCGCUGAACAGUGUAACGUAUGGUGACAGAAAGUAUCUUAUUUAUAUAUAGAUAUAUAUAUGUAAUUUAUAUAAAAUAUAUAGAAAUUAUUAUAUAUAUAUAUAUUAUACACUCUCAUAUAAUAUAUAUAUAUUCACUCACAUUUGGACUAGAAAAUCUAUGGAGACUUCAUCAAUGGUACUGUGUUAUUAGAGAAAUGCUUUAAUUUUCAUAAUCCAAUCAGAUGGCAUCUUAUAUCCCAACUGGUUGGGGAGGGAUCGAAAGCGGUAGUAAGUGCUGUACCAAGGGCACUCGCAUAUGGUCAUUCUCUUGAAAGUGGAGGUUUGCUCUAGGACUGGUCGUGAGCGGGGCUUGUGCCUGGGGGGCGAGAGGGUUGGAGACUUGACCCAAAGGCGCUGCUGCCCUCGAGGUGCGGUCAGUCCUGUGUGUGGACAGAGAGAGAAUGGCUAACGAUGCUCCAUAUUAAAUUGCCUAUUGUUUUCUGCCA